AUGUCACUUUUUAAGGCAAGUCACUGUUUCACCUCGUUUUGGUUCAGUUGCCUAGUUAAUCAUAGGCCUUAUUUCCGCCUACCGGGAACCCAACUCAAUUCCAUGAAAGUGUUUGUUGCCCUUUCUGUGACCGUAUUGGUCGUCGGAUCAGCUGUAGCUCGUCCAGAACUUUACGAAGAACUUCACGAUUUAGUGGAGCCUGGUCCGGCUGUGGAAUAUUCCUAUCAGUGCGGUCAAAACUUGCCGAUCAAUUACAACCCGCAGAACGUUGUGGUCCCGUGUAAGUCUUCCAACUGCGGUCAUGGAGGCGAUGGAGGUUAUGGAGCAGCAUCAACUCAUUAUGACGGCGCUGGAGGAUACGGAGAAAUGGCUCCGGUUGACCACGGGCACGGAUCCCAAGCUUCCCCUGCUGAGGAUCAAUACCGGCACAAGAAGCACAAGAAACAUCAUGGACAUCAUCAUCAUCAUCACCAUCACCAUCAUCACCAUAGUCAUGGUUACGGGCAUGGGCAUGGUCAUGGUUAUGGGCAUGGGCACGGAUAUCAUCGUGAUGGUAGUGAAAUUGUUGGAGCAGCUACUGCAGCAGUGGUAUAA